AUGGCAUGCGGGAAGGAUGCUUCCAACGAGAAUUUCCCCGAUAGGCCAGAUAAAGGGCACUAUAAUCCCUGGAUAAAACUGGUCGCCCAUCUGUUCGUGUCAGCGUGGCAUGUACCUAUCAAAAUGGGCAGUGAUAGGGUAAAACUACGUAAGGGAAAAUAUAUGAAAAUUGCAAUUUAUGAGCCCCAACAUUUUCCGUAUCUAACCGUUAAAUGGCUGGACCUUACCCUGCUAGAUAUUGUGGAAACUCUUCAUAUAACAGCAGACGAAUAUCGUUGUAAGAUCGAGGAGGCCGGUCACUAUAUACAGCCAUGUCUUAUAUUCGCGGAGGAGGAGCCCGUAAACCGCUCGACACAAGUAUGUAGUACCUUGAGGCCAGAAAAGACGCGGAAUCAUUACAAGCAGUGUAGCAGCUUGGAAGACGUCACAAAAUACCAGUUGCAUCGGUUUCCGAUAUUUUUUUGGGCAUCUUCCCCACCACUCAAAAAAAUCUUUUGGACCUUCUUCUGCUUUACUCCCGCCGGUACAAGGCUCCUCUCGAAUUCGGCUCACGAGAUGCGACCACAGAGAAACCAGCUGACAGCUUCAUCUCAUCUCCCUACACGACCCUCUUCGCAGAUCUGUGAUGGUCAUUGGCUGGACAUGGAUACAGAGGCUGACUUGACUGGCUGGGUAUUUGAGGCGCUUUGCUUCGCUCGCUUUGCAUAG